AUGAACUCACGAGAGCAGCUGCCUGUCUGGGCUAACUGCUCAGGUGAUCUUGGUCGCGGCAACGAAACAUUUUGGAGGGACGCCCUCCAGCCCAACUCUGAUAUCUCCGGGCUCGGUGUUGUUAUCAGUUACCUCGGUACAGGAUGGCUCGCUGUAUUAGUACUUUGCUGCCAUUACUUCAUCACUUUCGAUCCGGACGUGAAUCCUUUUCCGCCUCAUAUCACUGACGAGGACUUGGAAUAUGCAUCAAAUUCUGUGACGGGGGAUGUCGUUUGGACUCCAAAUAUCGUGGACCAGCGUAUCCAUCGCUUCGGAAGAGUCUGCAUUGCGAGUUUGUCAUCCGCCAUCACUCGUAUACUUCCUAACAGCGACCAUUCACAUGGAGACAUGGAUAAAGAAAGGCUUCGAAAAGCAUUUCAAAAGUGUAUUCUGGCCAUGUGUGAUAUACAGAUCCUCACUGGCAUUGGCAUGCUGUGCAGCGGGUUUAUUGUUCUAUCAACGAUGACGAUCCAGUCCUUCGAUUGGGCCGUCAUUGUUCAAUUGAGCUGGUUUGCCAACCUGACGCACCAAAGCGGCUUGGUGUUCUUGCGCAGCGAGCUCCACCAUAAAGGUCGCCAACAGGAGAGGCGUUGGAGGCAGUAUUUUCGGUCCACAGCGGCUCGAUUCUGUCGAGAAAUGGUCAUGAAAGUCUUCCAGGCAUCAUCGACAAAGGGCCGAACAGGGACACUUUUGCUACGCAAUCCAUUUCUAGCCAUGUACAUGCUGCUACGAUUUGGCGCAGACUUCUAUACUUCGACCUUCUCUGACAUAUUAUGGCUAUUGCUCAUAGCUGCAAAUGGCACAAUGAGGCUGUUUGGAAUUCUUUUCAUUCCUACCCAGUCCUUCUCCAGCUCGACGGAUACAAUAUCGGAUUUUGGACAGGUUCUGCCCCUCUUGCUAUUUGCUGCGCCUAUUUUCUCCAUGAUCCAAGCCUUCUCAAGAGGAUCUCACCCUACUAAGACAAAUACCCCGUGUACUGAGAGCCAUCCGAUUGUUGAACAAGAUGGUGGGCAUUUCGAGAUCGACGCGCCCGGACAAGGAGGCGACGAGAUUAUCGCAGAGAAUCCCGCAAACGAAUCUCGAGAAGGCUUGUUUUCUCGUCAAAAAUAUUCACAAGCCACUUGGUUGAACCACAUGAUUGUGUUGGCCGUCGCCGGAGCGAUUGUUCUCAGUUGGGUCUCGAACUUGGCCUUCACCAUUGAUGCAGCUUUCCCGCUUGUUCCGAGCGUCACUUAUCUCGUUGGUGCUGAAGACCUAUUUACUGCGGCUUUCAAUCUGUUAAUGUUUGGGUGGUACCUUAUGACAUUCGCCCACAUUGUCAUUCUAGUUAAUUUUGCCUUUACAGCCGGCAGCAAGCAUUCUCGUGUGCUCAACUGGAUGUUGGUGGGGGCCUUAAUCGCAUAUAUGGGCUGGCUGUGUCGUGGUUUACCGCUGGCUACCGACAGCUCUGCCAUGGCCUUGUGCAGCCUGCCUUUUCUGUACGCAAUCGCAUGCGUUGGUGUUAUAUUAUACGCGCGGGUGCGAAGGACUGGAAGCGUACGAACGGGUGGUGAGACCCUCGAAUUAGACAUGGGCAUUCGGCCAAAUGCAGUCGCUUGA